AUGGCAGCCUUUCUGGAUAUAGAGGGUGCUUUCAAUAAUGUUACCACUCUUGCAAUUCAGCAAGCUCUUACUGACCUAGACGUUGAAGAAUAUAUCAAUAACUGGUUAGUAAACAUGCUGAAAUCAAGAAUAGUUACAGCAAAUCUUGGUAAUAGCGUCAAGUCUAAGCAAGAUGGCAGAAGCACACCACAGGUUUUAUUUGGACAAGCUGCAAUUGCUGAAAAUCUCUACACUUUGCCGAGUCUUAUUAAAGAAUAUCAAAAUAACUAUGAAAUACAAUGGGCAGCAAUAAUUUCCAAGCAAAUAAACCAGGAGCUGGACAACAAUAUCAAACUCAUACAGCUGCCGAAAGUAAUAGUGACUAAAAAAUCAAAAAUAAAUAAAGUUCGCAAUAAUUUGCCAGGCAAUUCGGUGACAUUGGCAGUUGUUGGAGAACAUGAAAUGGAGGAAGUGAAUGCAUUAGUACAACAUUUUUUAAAGACAAAACAUUUUAAUCAUAUUUUGUGGAUUUAUCCCAAAGCUAAUAUGCAGCAGCUGUGGAGAUUAUCAAAUAUAAGUUGGAACUAUGGUAAUAUUAAGGUGUUAUAUUAUGUUCGAGGAAGAAUAUAUACAUUUGAGCCUUUGCCUUAUAUAAAAAUCAAAUUAUUAAGGGAUUUCCAGCAAUAUGUGAAAAUAGGGAAUAUAGUAGACUUUCAAAAAUAUCCUUUGACUUUUCCCAUAAUUUCAAAUUCACCACGCUGUUAUCGUUAUAUUAACUUCAAUAAAAAUAUUAACAACACUGGCUAUAUGUUUAAAAUUAUGAGCAUAUUUAUGCAGCAAUACAAUUUCGAAUUCGAGGAAUAUCCUUAUGAUUAUGAGUCAUACAAUCGUGCUGAUCUGUUUAAAGGCUUAAUGAAUAAAUCAUUUGAUUUUGUGUUGGAUAAUUUAUUUCUUCAUCCCAUGAUGGCUUUUAGUGAUGUAAUGUGGAAUAAUAAAUUAUAUUUAAUAGUUCCUUACCCUAAGCCCUUAGCCAAAGAUGACUAUUUUCGUUAUAGCAUGAAACCUCCAGUCUUUAUUUGCACCAUUGUCUUAUUAGUGAGUAUAACUGCUUUAUUUGUGAUUCGCCAAAAGCCUUGUAAUAGGGAUAUAACUCGAACUGCCUUAUAUAUGUUUGCUACACUCAACUAUCAAUUUCAUUUUCCCGUAAAACAAUGCAAAGUGUUGAAGUACUUUGUGACAUUUGUUAUGUUCUUCUACUCGCUGCUGAGUACCACCUUAUUUUGGUGCAGCAUUUCGAAUUUAAUGGUUUUGAACGUGUACGAGGAAAAACUGCAUAGUUUUGCAGAUGUUAACAAGUCGCCCUAUCAAAUCUUAAUAAGUCAAUCAGAUUUCGAUUAUAUGAAUCAGUUGGAUUUACUGCCACCUAUAUUAGAAACUGCAAAAGUGGCGGAAAAUAAAUUCGUUAAACAUCAUUUAUUCCAGUUGAAUACCACGUACAUCUACAAAGCUUUGGAGGAUAAAGCCAAUUACAUGCUGUUUCAACAACGUCGUUUAAAGGUUCCUUUAAUGUAUAAAUUGGAAGUUUCAGUCUACUCUAUACCCAUGUAUUUUCCUUUACGUCAUAAUUUGCCAUAUAUACAGCUCUUUAAUCGCUACUUGAGAUAUCUGAUGGAUUCUGGUGUCAUGCUGAAGUUGUUGGACGAUGCCAAAUGGGAUGGCAUUUAUAGUGGUUAUAUACGAUUUUUAAAGGAUCCCACUGAUGGCCCCGAUUACGGUUUACAACAGUUGUAUUUUAGUGUUUUAUUUUUUAAAAUGCAAAUGUAA